GUUGGCAGAGUGCGUGAGACUGUGUGAGUGCGAGCUUGCGAGGACAAGAGGAGAAAAAUAGAGAGGAAAAGCGGCGCGGCGAGGAUGCGUGGGCCGGCGUCGGCGUCGGCAUCGCUGGUCGCCGCGGCGGCGGCGCUGCUGCUCCUGGUCGACGGCUGCGGCGGCGCGAUGUACAAGGUGGGCGACCUCGACGCCUGGGGCAUCCCGCCGGCGUCCAAGCCCGACGUCUACUCUCGCUGGGCCAAAUCCAUCCACUUCGCGCUCGGCGACUCCAUCUGGUUUCUGUACCCGCCGAGCCAGGACUCGGUGGUGCAGGUGACGCCGAGGGCGUUCGCCGCAUGCGCGGCGUCGGACCCGGUGCUCAAGCUCGACGACGGCAACUCCGUCUUCAACCUCACCACGCCCGGCCGCGUCUACUACAUCAGCGCCGCGCCGGGGCACUGCCGGAAGGGGCAGAGGCUGGCCGUCGACGUGCCCAUGGCCAACGGCACCUACCUGCCGCCCACCGACAACGACCUCGCCGCCUUCGCGCCGAUGCCGGCCGCCGAGGCGCCAGCGGGGUUCGAGUCGGCGGCGCUUGGCCCGGCCGGAGCGCACCCGUCGUCGGCCGCGUUCCGAGCGGCCGCCGCCGGUGCUGGAUCCGUCGUUCUUGCUGCUCUGUCCUUCGCCGUCUUCUUGCAGUGAGAGAGCAAAGCUUGCACUUUCUUCAUUUCUUUGGGAGAUUAACUUUGGGUUACUGUGGAAUUAAUGGCACAUUGGAUGAUCAGAGCUUGGAUCUCCACAUUCUUUGAUCCGUUUGUAUUACAUUUUACAAUGGAAAUGAUGGUGAUGAUUCGUUUUUGCAUCAAACUUCUCAACUGGAAUCCAUUGCAUUGCAUCUACUACUUCAAUCCCAGC